UUGCAGCUUGGAGUUGGAUUCCUAUCUUAUGGCCCAAUCAAUUGCCUGCUAAGAGGCUGGUUCAAAUUCAAUGCACCAAAUACUACAUUAUUUGACCAGGUUGUCGUUUCUGACUACAAUUGACAUAGAUUUGUGGCUUUCAAUCCUUUUCGGGCUUUGCAAAAGAUAAGAUUAAACUCCUUGCAAAUCAUAAGAACAUAGUUCAUAUCAAAAGCUCCUGGUCCUUUUAACCAUUUCAGCCUUCAUUAAUGGACCCAUCAAGAAUCUCCCUCCGACGGUUCCAGCUCUCCGACGUCGACGACUUCCUGAAAUGGGCUAGUGAUGAUAAAGUAACCCGUUAUCUCAGAUGGAACACCAUCACUUCCAGGGAAGAGGCCCUGUCAUAUCUUGAGAAGGUUGCCAUACCCCAACCUUAUCGUCGGUCCAUAUGUUUAGAUGACCGUUCGAUCGGAUACUUUUCAAUCAAGCCAGAAGCAGGUGAUGAUAAAUGCAGAGCUCACCUUGGGUAUGCAGUGAGUUCCGAGUACUGGGGACAAGGGAUUGCUACAGCUGCAUUGAAGAUGGCGGUUUCCAGUGUGUUCAAAGAGUUUCCAGGCUUGGUAAGGCUUGAAGCUUUUGUAGAGGUAGAAAAUCAGGGGUCCCAAAAGGUGUUGGAGAAGGUUGGGUUUUUGAAAGAAGGCCUGCUAAGGAAGUAUGGGUUUUGCAAAGGUGAAAUUAGAGACAUGAUUGUCUAUAGCUUCUUAUCAACAGAUAUAAUCAAGUGAUUGUUCCAAGCCCAAAAAAAGGGACCCCAAAAUUUCAAAGUUGAUAUUCUGCUUUGGGCAACAAUGGGAUUGAAAUUUUUAACAAGGUUUUAUGUCCCAUCUCUUCGGCCUAAAAAUCAGGUGAAUGAAAUGGCAUUCUGUUACCUAAAAUUUUAAAUUACGGUCUUUCUAUAUAAAAAAUAACGUAAAUGUAACACAAAAGCAGUGCAGAAAGGCAGUACUACAAUACAUCCGAUAAGAUAUUUACAUGUAUAAUUUUCCCUGGAUGACCAUGAAUUUCCAAGAAUAUUUAUACUUGUUUCCAAAUGAGGAAUGUGCAACGGGGUACUUCAUUUUAUUUCAUUUGUGCUUAUGCUAUGAAGUAGAAGUAUGGAGAAUGGACCAUAUCCCUCCGGUUUUGUCUGCAACAUGUUUUACAUAGAGUUUAAAUUACUCACUGCAUUCGAUAUAACUGAAUAUGUUGAUUAUAAAAUUGUAAAGUACAAAACGAAAGGUUUUUGUCUUAAAAUUAUUUCGUUUAUCAAUGAUACGAUAU